AUGCUUUCAGAACAAAAUUUACCAUUACCACCACUUACAAUAAAUUCAUCAAAUAAUAAUAUUACUCAUAAUCCUGUCUAUCAACAUAGAUUCGAAUCAAGAAAAGAAGUUGGAAAAUUGUUGGCUAGAUUUUUGAAACAUUACCAUAAUGCACCAGAUACAAUUGUUCUCGCUAUUAAACCUUCAGCAACAAUUAUAGCUCACGAAAUAGCAAAAGAAUUAAAUGUACCAUUAGAUUUAUUUUUAAUUCGUUGUGAUAUUUCACAAGAAUUAAUAGAUUCCAAAAUUGCAGAGCAGCGUGCUCAACUUCAAAUUUUACAUCAAGAAUGCAAUCCACCAAAUUUACCUUUACCAAAAUCUGAAAAUGCAAAUAUCAUUUUAGUAACUGAUGGUAUUAAAACUGGUCAAGAUGCUCGUAACACCAUUUCAAUUUUAAAAAGUCUAGGUUAUAAUGGUAAGAUUAUUUUAUCUGGUGGUGUGAUUGGUUCUGAUGCUCAGAAAAGGUUUAUGAAAAAAGUUGAUGAUGUUGUUGCCGUUAAAGCACCACAAAUUGUUGGUUCAGUUGAAUCUUGGUAUGAAGACGGCCAUGAACAUUUAACAAAUGCACAGAUAAAACAACUUUUUAAUAUUUCUGAUCACGGUCAUAAUUAUAGACCUAACCAAACUGCUUUCAGUGAAAGAAAAAGCUUUAAAUUGAAAUCUACUAAAUAUGGAGCAAAUUAUAGUCAUUUUAUUUAUGAAUAUGUUUUAAUUGAUGAUAGUGGAUCAACAAUUUAUGAAAUAGAUCUUACUGAUAAAUCGUUGAAUGAUGCUAAAGAUUGCUUGUUAAAGAAUUAUUUAAAAGUUGACAUUACUACUUCCAACAAAUAUGAAGAACGACAGUUUACAUCUUCAUCGAUUGCUCCCCGUGCGUAUUCCUCUGCGGUAGCGAACUUGAAACGUCUCAAUAUUUCGUUAAUUCUUUCACAUUUUCCGUACGAAGUCAAGAAUAUUCCUAUGAUUUUCGAAAACGGUAAAAGUGCUACGAGAAAUCCUGACUUGUAUUGA